UAGGAAGGAAGGUGUCUUCUGCACAGAAACUUCCUGGAUCAACAAGAGAACUUGCCUAUAGCAAGAGAGUUCAUUGUUUGAAGGUUAAAGAAUGAAGUAAAGAAUGGGAACACUUUUACGUUACCUAUGAUGUCCCGAAUAUUUUCGCCAAUACAACUUCUAAAAUCUAUUUAAUUAUAGAGCGGUAUGGCCACGGUGUGAUGUAAUAUCAUAUCUUUUUAAUUAGACUUAAGUUUUUUUUAAUUUUGUUGGAUAAACUUUAAACCACAUUCUAUUUUAGAAUUUCAUAAGCUUACGCAAUAAAACAUAUUCCCAAUAAAAAAAAUAUAUAUAUAAAGAGGCAAAGUCCAAAGAAAAAGGAAGAAAGAAAGAGAAGUGGAGAGAGUGUGGCUGUCAAAUUCUUGCUGUUACAAUGGGUUUUGGAAUAGCUGAGACACUUCUUUUCAUCACCGGUGUAACCAUCAUCGUAUACCUGGUCUCAUGGUGGCGUAAGAUGAAAGAACGAAACCUCUCACCUGGUCCUGUUCCCCUACCCAUACUGGGAAACUUCCUAUAUUUUACUUCUGGGGAAUUUCCACAAACACUGAUGAAGCUGAGCAAGACCUAUGGAAAUGUCUACACUGUGUAUAUAUUAAAUUAUCGUAGUGUGUUUCUGAUCGGUUAUGAUGCUGUGAAGGAGGCUUUGGUUGACAACAGUGAUUCAUUUAGUGAACGAGGAAUUAUGGCCGUAGCUGAUGUCCUCUUCAAAAAUUAUGGGAUUGUUUUUAGCAAUGGGGAGCGAUGGAGAGUCAUGCACAGAUUUUCUCUCAUGACUUUGAGAAAUUUUGGAAUGGGAAAGAGAACCAUUGAAGAGAGAAUCCAAGAGGAAGCCAUGUAUCUUGCUGAGGAGUUUCAGAAGAUGCAAGAUACCUCAUUUGAUCCAACAUACCUGUUGGGAUUGUCCGUCUCCAACAUCAUCUGCUCUAUUGUCUUUGGCCAGAGGUUUGACUACAAAGAUGAAAAGUUUAUGUCUCUCCUUUUCUAUAUGAGGGAAAUGAUCAGACUCCUGAAUUCCAGCCUUGGGCAGCUUAUCAACUUCUUUCCAAAUCUGUCCCAAUAUGUGCCCGGUCCUCAACAAAAGAUAUUUCAAUAUUUUCAAAGCAUAAGGGAAUUUUUGUUGGAUUCAGUUCAAGCCCACAAAGAGACGUUGGAUGAAAACUGCCCCCGAGACUUAAUUGACUGUUUUCUCUUGAAGCUCAAGGAGGAGAAGAAUAAUCGACAUACUGAAUUUCACAAUGAUAAUUUAACUGGUACCAUCAGUGAUCUGUUUUUUGCUGGGACAGAGACUUCAAGCGUUACACUAAGAUACAGCUUCUUGAUCAUGCUUAAAUACCCUGAUAUACAAGAGAAGAUACACAAGGAGAUAGACCAAGUGAUAGGCCAAAGUCGGUGCCCAUCAAUGGAAGAUCGAGGCAAGAUGCCGUACACCGAUGCAGUGAUCCAUGAGAUCCAGAGAUUUGCAGAUAUCCUCCCAAUGGGAGUCUCUCGUGCAGCCAGCAAAGACACAAUGUUCAGAGGUUACCACAUUCCCAAGGGGACCCUGGUGAUACCUGUUCUGACUUCUGUCUUGAAGGAUCCCAAAUAUUUCAAGAAUCCUCAUCAAUUUGAUCCUGGGCAUUUUCUUGAUGAAAACGGCUGCUUUAAGAAAAGUGAUGCCUUUAUUCCGUUUUCUAUAGGAAAACGGGCCUGUGCUGGAGAAGGUCUAGCAAAGAUGGAGAUAUUUCUGUUUCUGACCAGCAUCCUACAAAAGUUCACCUUGAAGCCAAAAAUAGAUGUGAAGGACAUUGAUCUCACCCCAGAACCUUUCAGUAAUUCAUCAAAACCUCGAACGUACGAGAUGUAUGCAGUUCCUCGUUAACAUCUAAUCAUGGUUGCUAGUCUCUUGAAGGGCCAAAAAUGUUAGCUUUCACUCAAUAUCAUAAAAUAUCCCUUUUGAUAAAUAUUGUAAGAGAGUCUUUGUUUGGGUAUGUGUUUACUCUAUAGGAGAAUCUAUAUAUCAUUUGUGAAAGUUGUAAAAAUAUAUUAAAUGCAUAUUUUCUUGAUCUAAAA